AGUCAUCUUCAGUUCAGCUCCUGGUUCCAAAAGAAGAGAAUGUGUCAUGCAACAUGAAAGGCUCGCCGAUGUGCGCACACAGAAGGGUGUGUGCUGCAUGCCAUGUGCUGUGGAACUUGGUCUAUGUGGGCGCCGGCAUUGUGCAGCUGGUCGCGGGAAUAUUCUUCCUUAUCUCGCUUCCAAUCUUCAAGAUGGGCUCUAAUAUUUGGGCAGGUGCUUGGAAUAUUGUUGUUGGAAUUGGUGGAGCAAUGCUGUCUUGUAUUGGAGACCUUACAGCCAAGAAGCAAGAGGCUUUGCUGUUUCUCACAGUGUCCAUUUUUGCAAUAAAUGUAGUAAAUAUCGUUAUUCUGGAAAUUGGAGAGUGGCACUUCUUCAUGACAAGCAACAUACAAGAAAUUAUUGGACAGAAGAAUCUGAAGAAAUUGGUUUUCUAUGCCCGAGUGACGACAAGUAUUAGUACUGCAGUUGCCAUUGUGACAUCGUUCCUGGAUAGUCAGUUCACAUUUUGCUCUAUACAAAGAUCUAGACCUCCAAAGAGGAGCAUUCAUGAGCAAGUUUCAGACAUAGAGUACAUAUUGCCCAGGAAAAAACCGAACUCUGUAGGGAAGCAAGCCCACAACAUCUACAGCCAAUAUGCACAGUCAUGGGUUUUUGAAACAGACACUGCUGGAUCCUCCAAGAAUGAAUCACCCUACCUGAAACUUCCAAAUGUGCAAGUAAAUGAAGGCAACAAGACUAUAAAUCUAAAGAAUAAUAAGAGUGCUAGGAUAGAUGUUCACAGGACUCACAAUAAUGAACCAAAAACGUGUGUUGUGAACCCAAUAGUUCGUGUGGAACAAGUGUCUGAAGAAAGUAAUGGGGACCGGAGUUUGAAUUACAUGAAGAGUUUCUCAAGGACACCAUCUCCUGCUGCGCUUUCAGAAAGUUCCUCCCAGGAUUCAAAUACAAACCUUCCCAUAUAUGAAUGCCUGGAGAGGCUCACUGAACCUGCGCUAUAUAGGUCGCGACUGAACACUGCAAUAAGUCUGAAUGCAGAGUCUUCCAAUAUUGCUGUCAGUCCUAAACCUGCACGACCACGAAGUGAAAUAUUCACCAAAGACAGACUGGGUAUUGUUGAAGGUUUAGACUUUAAUGAUAAGGUUCAGUAUGCCUCACUGAUGGUGGAACUGCAGCAAACAUUUUUGUCCAAGAAGAAAAUGUUUCAACAGCCAACCUCUCCUCAAAGUGCAAGUGAAAGUGUAGCUAUGGAAGACUCGCCAGAGAAGACUUACAGUGAGUCUAAAGGCAGUAGUUGUCAGGAAUCUUCGCAAGAUGAUUCGCAGAGGACAGGACAUAAAGGCAGUGACGCAGAGUUCUGCAAGGAACUGGAAGCAGCUUUACAGCUAAUACAGGACCUUGAGUCCCCAAACACAAUAGAGACUCCAUCUGAAACCUGCAAGUCUAUUGAGGAAGUGGAUGUGGUAUUCACCAGUGCUCCUAUGGUGUGUGUUCAGUGGGAAAACAGUGAGUGUGCCUCACCAGUGCCAGAGGAUAUCACCUCACAGGGAAACAGCACGGCAGAACUACAAGACAUCAAACUUAUUGCUGGGGUUCAAGAACCCAGUAAUAUCCCUUCAACUUCAAAUAAAAACUCGAUUAACAUGAAUAAUGUUAAAAGUAAUAACAAUAACAUUUACAAAAGAGUAAAACGAGUACUGCCACCAAAGAUGUUACUACAAGACGGUGUUGAUACAAUGAACGAAGUGUCCACAGCAGGUUGUCAUUCCCAGUCUGCUCCCAGCUCCACACGUUGGACCGUCAAGUCUCUGCUGAGAAAGAAGACCAGUCUACCCAUGUUUGCCCCGGAAUUGGAAAGUGCAAUAUUCAAAUCUGAAAGUCUUGCAUAUCUUACUGAACUUGAGCUUCUUGCUAGACAUGCAAGAAACAAAUCUAUACAGAGGCAAAUUGAAUUCCGGGUCCAUCAGCAAAUCCUGAGACGUUCAGCUAAAUGUUUCACUGCUAAAGAAAAAUGAAUGAAGAUGCAGCCGACAAUUGGAAUGCAAAAUAAUAAAGAAUGGAAAUUUACAAUCACGAGCAAGCAGGUUUCUUCAUGUGAUGUCCACAAUCGAGAAAAGUUAUGAUGUUAAUAUUAGCAUUUGUUCACAGUGUCAAUCAGCUUCAUUUUAAAGCUUUUCUGUCAUUGUCAGUAUCUUUGAUAAGUUAUAUAACUGUCCUUGAAGCAGGAGUUUAUUGAAAGAACUUUUUAAAAUCUGGGAAAGUUUAAAGAAUUUAUGAAAAUUUGUAUUCCAUUGUUAUAUUUUUUAAUUGUUUCUAGCCUGCUUAAAGAAGUACUAUAAUACAAUGCUUGUACGUCCAUAAUAUCCCAUGCCAAGGAAACCUUUUAUUUACGAAAUGUAGGUAACAAGCAUGAGAAAAUACUGAUCAACAACAGCAUCCUCUUUUGAACAAUGACAGUAUUAUAGUAGUUUACAAUGUUUAUAAACAGCGCUUAGUGUGGACAGAAGAUGAGACAGGAAGCAAUAAAACUUGAUUACAGAAACUGAAAGGAUGAUUUGGUGCUGGUAUAAUAAAAAUUGUCUAUUUUCUCCAAUAACAGUUACAGUAUUUAAUGUUUAUAGUGUUAUAAUCUCUUUAAAGCAAAUCCCUAAAUUGUUACAAUACUACUUUUACACACUUAGAACCGUCCAAAAAGACGUGAACAUGUUGAUAGAAUUUAUUGUGAGUUAAUUGUAUUGAUCUGUUUGUAGACUAAAAAAUAAUAAAGUUGGAAUUUAAUAAUGUUUAUAAA